UCAAAUGGCGUAAGUAAGAAAAAGAAAACAAGGAUCUUUUUUUUUACUGGGAAAGUACGAGAAAGAGGACGCGGUGAGCCAGAGAGUCGCAGCUAUGUCCUGGUGGAGGCACCAUUCGAGGACCGGGUGCCGCCGAUUUCAGACUGCGAAGUGCGGGGGAAUGGGAUGUGUUGGAUUUGAAGGUCCUGUACGGGCCGGUCGGGGAUGCUCUGUAAUAUGGCUGGGACUGCUGCUGCCGCUGCUGCUGCUGCUGCAGGUGUCGGCUCAGAAACUCGACGAGAGCGACCCCGUGGUUACCACUGUCUACGGUAAGCUGCGCGGCAUCAAAAAGGAGCUCAACAAUGAGAUCCUGGGUCCUGUGGUGCAGUUUCUCGGCGUCCCGUAUGCGGCUCCUCCCACUGGCGAGCGCCGCUUCCAGCCACCGGAGCCGCCGGUGCCUUGGCCUGAAAUCCGUAACGCCACACACUUUGCCCCGGUGUGUCCUCAGAGCAUCGUGGAGGGACGCCUGCCAGAUGUGAUGCUACCCGUCUGGUUCACCAACAGCAUUGAUGUCGUGUCCACAUACGUCCAAGACCAGAGCGAGGACUGCCUCUAUCUUAACAUCUAUGUCCCCACUGAGGAUGUCAAAAGAAUAUCCAAGGAAUGUGCCAGGAAACCGGGAAAGAAAAUAUGUAGACAAGGAGGUCCCCUUACAAAGAAACACACUGAUGAUUUAGGUGAUAGUGACCGCACGGACGACGAAGACAUUAGGGAGAGUGGAAGCCCUAAGCCGGUGAUGGUUUUCAUCCACGGGGGCUCCUACAUGGAAGGAACGGGGAAUAUGUUUGAUGGCAGCAUCCUGGCCAGCUACGGGAACGUGAUCGUCAUAACUGUGAACUACCGGCUCGGCGUCCUCGGUAAGGAUCCUGCUAUGUAUCAAGUGUUUCCUCUUCGCUCUCUUUUCAUCCUGUCUUCUGGUGAUUCCUUUGGCCGCCAUAUUGUUUUUUUCUUUGUCUCUUCUGGUUGCUGCUGGUUUCUUAGUAUAGCCUGA